AGACAAUAAAUUCUUCUUCCUAACCCCUCCUUUUUUCAUCUCCCUUUUUACUGUCACUCUUUCAGUCUUCCAUUCUCAGCCACUUUCUCUCUCUUCUUUCUCUCACUUUAUAAAUUAAUGUUUUGCAGCCAUUUUCGCUGUCAUUUUUUGUUCAUGGUUGAUACCUUGAAAUGUGAGAAAAGAUCGUAAUUUCAUCAUCAUCAACAACAAUAUCGUCAAACACAUCAUCAUCAGACGAAGAAGAAGUUGCAGAGUCAAUUAGGGUUUGCAAUUGAAGUUUUUUGAGUGUGAAAAGGAGAUAGAAUGCCAUUAAAUAGGUAUCAAAUACGAAAUGAGUAUAGUUUAGCGGAUCCAGAGUUGUAUAAAGUUGCCGAUAAAGAUGAUCCUGAAGCUCUUCUUGAAGGUGUUGCCAUGGCUGGCCUUGUUGGCGUUCUUCGUCAACUCGGUGACUUAGCAGAGUUUGCUGCCGAAAUUUUCCAUGACCUGCAUGAAGAAGUUAUGGCUACUGCUUCUAGAGGUCACGGAUUGAUUGUUCGUGUCCAACAACUUGAAGCGGAAUUUCCUUCAAUAGAAAGGACACUUCUCUCACAAACUAGUCAUACAUCAUUUCUGUACAACUCAGGUAUUGACUGGCAUCCUAAUCCUCGUAUGGAUCAGAGUGUGGUUACUCAUAAAGAUUUACCACGCUUUGUAAUGGAUUCCUACGAGGAGUGUCGUGGUCCUCCUCGUCUCUUUCUUCUUGACAAGUUUGAUGUCGCUGGUGCUGGUGCGUGUUUGAAACGAUUCACCGAUCCAUCAUUCUUUAAAACGGAAUCAACAUUGUUGAGUGGUAGAAAAUUAGAAGGUCAGAGGGAAAAGAAGACUCGAAGAGUAAAGAAAAGAGGACUACGCGGGAGAAAUGGAGAUACUCCAGAAUCCUUUCCAUCGUCACAUGCCAAAUUGCAUCAGCUAUUUCUGGAAGAGCGUAUUGAGAGCGGUAUCAAUGAUCCUGCACGCCGUGUGAAGCUAAAGAAGAGGCAAUUUACUGGAUCUUUGUUCAAUCAGGAUAAUGUGAGAAGUUAUAUGGAGAAAUUUUUGGAUACUAGUCCGCAGGAGCAAAAAGUUCUGCAUGAAAUAUAUGUUGACCCUCUAGCACUGACUUGGACAUCAGAUAAUGCUUGUGAAGCAGGUCUUGAAAUAGUGGAAAUUGGUACCGUUAGUCCUGUUAAAGAACCAAUACAGACUGACAGAAGCUUAUGUUCUUCACCUGAUGCUGGGGAUAUGGUGGUCAAACCAUCAUUGGAUGACUUUUAUAAGGACAAAAAUUUAACAAGUGACAAUGAUUCUAUAGAAGUGACUGGACUCAAUCAUGAAAGCCAUGAUGGUAGCAUAUCAACUAUCUCGAAGGUAGUGAGUGGUGAAGAAACGGCAGAUAGAGAAAGCAAGUCAGAAGUGAGUGUCAAUGAUGCUGCUAGUGAGAUUGAUAAUUAUGAGGAUGCCCUUGCUAAUAUAGAGUCUGAAAUUGAAACAGAUUCUGAAUGCAAGGAAAAUCAACAUUACAUGAACCUGAAACCCAUUGUGAUAGAUUCUGAUGGAAGUGAAAGGAAUCUGAAGCUCCAAAGUAUAUCUUUGGACUCUCAAUCAAUUGGAAACUCACUUAUGUCAGAAGAUGGCGACAAUUUUUCCAAAGAUAAAGAUAUUUCUUCAUGUUCAGUUAGUGUGAAAACUUUGAAUGAGACUGUUCCUGAUCUUGAUGCAGCAGUUAUGGCGGCUCCUACUGCCCAAACCUAUAAUUCAGAUUUGGACAACAGGUCUUUUGAUCAUUUUUCCACUACCGAGGAGAUUGUCAGAAAAGAAAGACAACAUGCUGCAGCAUAUUCUAUUCAUGCUAAAGAAGAGGAUGAGCAGGAGUUUGCUGAAGCUUCAAACACUUCAUAUCUUGCAGAGUCAACUAAGGUGGAUAUGCCUGUAGAUAUGGAAGGUAGUCCAAAGAAAACUCACUUUCCAGACCCAAAGUCCAAAGACUCUGUUAAGCGUUUUUCUAUUUUGGAAGAUCAAGAGCAUACUAUUCAACCUGGUGUCUUAUCAUCAGAUGUAACAUAUCUAGAAGCUUACGAGGAUAGUGGACAUUCUUUUAGUGCACAGUCAAAUCAUGAAAUGGAAGAAUCUCAUAAAUUGCCUUGUUCACCAGUUGGAAGACAUGAUAACAAAUUGGGAAUGACAGAUACAACUUUGUGUUCAAAUGGUGAAUCUCCAAAUAGACAUCUAUCCAUUUUCGAUCCUGUAUAUUUGGAAAAAACGAAGUUAAUUGAUGUGGCUUGUGAAAAAGAAUUGUAUAUUCCUUCAAUUCAAGAGAACCCAAAAGAUUUAUUUUGUGUCUCAGAUUCCUCAACGAGUCCUGGAAUUCAAGAGAUCCCCCCUGGAACAACUAAUUCUGUCAAUUUAUGCUCUCCUAAUUUUGCUGCUGGAAAUCUUCCUUGCUUGUCGCAAGAUCCUAUUAUUGAAAAUAAUAUUGCUGUUCAUGAGGAGAGAGUAUCUUCUGCUUUGUCUGUUGUUGAAGCUACUACUUUACCUACGAUUUCCAACCAGCUACACAUUUGUGCUCGAGAAGUCUCAUCGGAUACUGAAGCAGGAGAAAUUGCUGAAAAUGGCUCUUUGGAAGCUGAUAUAGAUGUUGUGUCUUCUAGACUAGAAACCAGUAAUAAUAAUUCAGGAUUGGCUGAUGAAAAUAUUGUGAAUGGAGCUGUCAUGGUUGGAAAGCCAUCACAAAUUUUAGAUCUUCUGGAAACGGAAUGUCAACGGCUUAACUUUACCUCAGAGACAACUGAUGCUACUCUAUCGGAACUUUCACAAGAUGAAGAUCGUAGGCUGAAUUCCAGGAAUAUUACAGGUACUGGAUGCUCUGUCUCUGUUGGUGGGUAUGAAGAUGAAGCUACUCUUGUUGCUGGUUUGUUAGAAAGAGAAAAUGUCUGUAAGGAUACUAAUUUGAUACAUCCAAAUCAGUCGAAGGUUUCUGAGCCAGAUAUUCUUGUGGUUGUGGAUGGUCCUGCAUCUCAAGCCGAGAUUGUGCGUGGCGAAGCCAGUUCCAAUCAUGCUCUAUCUGAUCAGCUUAGUGGCCUCGAAAAGAUCUUUUCUCACGAUGCAUCUUCUCUUAGUAUACCUUUCAAACACACUAUUGAUAGCGAUUAUAUAAUGGCAGCUAAAAAUGAUUUUGAUUUAGAUCAUAAUGAGGAAAAGGUGAAGCAUAUGGAAAUGGUUGCUGAUGGUCCUGGACAAGUUGAUGUCAAGGAUGAUAAUGGUAUAGACACUAUGUCGUCAUCUUUGUCUCUACAUCCCGACAAGCUUCACGGAGCCCCUGAUUUAGUCGGUGAGGAAUUCUGUCACAUAGAUCUUGUUCCAGAUACUUGUGUUAAAUCUGCUGCCAACUUGUGCAGCAUGUCUUCUGAUGAUUCUCCAUUGAUAUUACAUGACGAUCUACUGCCUGAAGAUGUCAAUAGUGAAAAACUAGAUGCAAAAGUUCCACUAGCUUCUGAAAAUGAACAUGACCAUGUAGAGUCGAUUCCCACUCAACUAAACGAUUUGCUUGAAGUAGAACACCGGAAGUCAGUUAGCCACAAUCCUUUAACACCUCAAUACGUACAAAAAGAACAAAGUGAUGCCAUUUGUUUACAUUAUGAUGACCAAUCAGCGGUGUCAAAAGCUUCACCACAAUCAGGUGGGCAAGGGCUGGAGACCUCCAAUGCUGUCUUCCAGGUUAAUGGCAUACUUAAUGGUGCUAAUGAAGCCUCUGUGGUAGAGAGUUCUGAUCAACCUCUCUCUACCCAAGGUUUUCCUGAUCUUGAAGUGCGUCCAUCUGAACCUCGAAUCAACUUAGAACCACCGUCUGCUCUCCCUCCUUUGCCUCCUAUGCAAUGGAGACUGGGCAGGUUCCAAAAUUCUUCUGCUGCUCCAAUGGAGAGGCAAAUGCUGCAGCAUACACUUGUUCCGGUCCAAGUCCAACCAGUGAGCAUGCCGACUAUGCACCAUAACCUUGCUUCAGUACAACCAAUGAGCCUACCAUCGUUACAUCAUACACUUGCUUCUUUCCAACCUGUGCCCUUACCAACAGGAAACAGUUUGCAUCCUGCAGUACCAUCAGCAACCCUGCCAACAACCCUACCAGCGGUGCAUUAUACCUAUACUCCUGUCAGACCAGUGACCCUACCAACUAGUGGAUACGGAAUUGAGGGUAUUGGUCAGACAUUCACAAGUGAGGGACUGAUGGGAUAUUCCAAUGGAUAUAUGGCACAGCAUGGAGUCUUAACCUUACCAAUGUCUGGUGGAGUUUCUGAUGGUUUUUUCCAGCUAAACUCAAGUGUGGCUGGAAGACAAGAGAAUUCACUGUCUACUGUUCCUCUAACAUCCACGACUUUGGAUGGUUAUGUGACGCAGCAAGGAGUAUAUCCAUUACCAAUGCCGGCUGUGGUAUCCGAAGUUUCUUGCCAGAAUAACAUUAAGGGACUUGGACGAGAAGGCAAUGUGCCGUCCAUGGUCUCUUUAGCCUCAACAAGGUCAUUGGACGGCAUGAAGAUCUCUGAAGGGCCCUUUCAGCCUAAUUUGGUUCACUCUGAAUCAGAAUCAUCAAUUGAAGGCCACUUUUCUAAGAAUACUUCUAAAAUAGAGCCGAAAAUGAAUAUUGAAUCUAUUACUCAGAAUAUGCUUGGACUUGAUUCCCAGGUGCUGGAAGAGGAAGCAGGAAAGUAUCGUAUACAUCCCUUACUUUCAUCCACAGAGGAACAGCCAUCCUCCAGUUUGGUGGCUCAUGAGGCAGGGAUGACAUGGUUGAGUGCAUAUGAUGGGAUUUUAACUCGUGAUGCAGAUGGCACUACAAAUGGAACUCUCCAGAAGAAGCCUCCCAGACCUAGAAAUCCUCUCAUUGACGAAGUUGUUGCUAUUGACAAAAGCAAGUUGAGAAAGGUAGAAAGGGUGAAACCACAGUCGGAAUCAAAACCGGAAGAGGGUGAGUCUCUUUUGGAACAAAUGCAAUUGCGAAAGGUUGAAAGGUCCAAGUUAUCGGCAGAAUCAAAAGUGGAAAGAGAAAAUUUACUGGAACAGUUGCAGCUAAGAAAAGUGGAGCAAAGGGUUAAACCACCAGUCGAACAAAAAUUAGAAGAAAAGGAGUUUUUACUUGAACAGCUACAGUUGAGAAAGGUAGGAGUAAGGAUUAAACCACCUAGUGAGCCAAAAUCUGAAGAGAGGGAAUUUUCACUAGAACAGUUGCAGUUAAGAAAGGUAAAGGAAAAGUCUAAAAAAGAUGUUGAGCCAACAGUAGAAGAAACUGGAUCCCCUCAGGCGUAUUUGAGGAAGGUCGGAGUAAGGUUUAGACAGGAGGUUGAAGCAAAAGCUGAAGAAACAGAAUCACCACGUGUGCAGUUGAGAAAGGUUUCCGAAAGGGCUCAGCUUCCGGUUGUGGAAAAGACAGAAGAGAGAGACUCGCUAUUUGAACAGAUAAGAAAUAAGUCAUUCAAUCUGAAGCCAGCAGUUGCUGCUAGACCGAACAUUCAAGGUCCAAGAACAAAUUUGAAAGUUGCUGCCAUUUUGGAGAAAGCAAGCACUAUCCGCCAGGCAAUGGCUGGAAGCGAUGAAGAAGAUGAUGCAGAUAGUUGGAGUGAUGAUAGUUGAUACAGCUGCCGAUGCUGUCAUCGUCAAUACGCUAGAUGAAAGUAUAUUCACCAUAUUAGUAUAUAGAUGGUUGUUUUGUUCCUUUCACCUACAUAGAUAUAUAUGUGUAUAGUGUUUUUCUCUCAUUUUCUCGUGCCAUCUCAUAGAAACGCAAUCUAUACAUGUGAGUUGCCUGAGGUCCAGCGUGCAAGCGCAUCCACCGGUUUGUCCUUUGUAUAAUUCAAUGUUCAUAUUAACUUGUAUUAGGUUUUUUUUUUCAAAUUUUGGCAAUAGAUGUGUGCCAACAGAAUGAUGUAUAUCCUUGCUCGAUUUUUGUCCAACACUUUUGGUUCUUAUAUCAAGGACGAUUGUCUGCAUAUUCCCUUUCCUCCAUUCUUUUCAUCUUUGGGUAAUGGGUAACAAUAACACCAUAGUCCUACAUGUGUUGGUCUCGUAUAUGCUCCUUUCGUCUCUCUCGAUUUGCAUUAAUUUUUAUUUCAGAUGGUCCCAUUUAUUUUACUAACAUUUAAUUUAUUUAAAAUUGAACUUUACAAUAUUUUAUAAUUUCAUCUACACAUUUUAAUCUCUUUUUCAUUUAAUAUUACAUUUGUCACA